CCGUGCCAGUCAGUUAGUUGCUCUCCGAUGUUCGUGGAGGAAUGUCGCUCCGCAACAUCUUCUCUCGAAAUUACACGCGCGCAGUCAAACACAACGAAACUGUUCUCCAGUCUAAUACUUCAGUAUUAGUAUCAUCCCUUAUUUGAAUUUUUACUAUUUUCCAGUAUAUUGUGUAUCAAGUGUCGCUAAAGGAUAUCAGUGAUGAUGGCAGUGUUUGUUUGCUAUGUGGCAAACAAUUAUCUUUAGUGUAACCGAAAGUGGAAACUUAGUUGUAGCGAAACAAUACUAGUGAAGUGUAGUAUGUGCGCGUGACAAGACGUUCUUUCUUCGCUCGGCGAUCAAGUCUCCUCUUCUGUUAGUGUUUCUUCGGUGAUGAGCAAUAGACCCCAUCAAAAUGAAUCUUGGACGAAUAGUGAUGCUGAUUUUCAGCGUAGGCAUGGUAGCGGGCCGCAGCAUCACCAGCUUGGAGGCACCGAGAGGUUGCACUUGGCAAAAAGACGGAAAAGAACGAACCCUCGUUUGCCGGUUGAGGACCAUCGCUAAUGCACCUGCUCUUGUCGGCAACCUCUCAACCGUUCAGCUCGAUUCCGUCACCUCUUUUGGAUUGGAAUGCAAUGAGGCAUUGUUCUUCGAGAGUCAGCUGGACGAGCCUCGCGCUUUCUUGUCUCCUCUGUCUCGCCUCGAGAAACUGCGAGUAGAGUACUGCAAGAUACGUUACCUUCCCGGAGGAGUUUUCGCAUCAGCCCGCAAUUUACGCAGUCUUAUUCUUCGCUCGCAUAAUAGAGAUUGGUCAUCGAUAACGCUGGAACUCCAUCGGGAUACUUUGCAGGGUUUACCUGACCUGGAAACUCUGGAUCUUGCCGAAAACAACAUUUGGACCCUGCCGCCCGAAUUACUUUGUCCCACGCCGAUCCUUGGGAGUUUAAACCUCACGAGCAACAAGUUACAAGACAUCCCCUCGCUGGGGUUCUCCGACUGGACCACUUCUUGCGCUUCGAAUCUGGAAACGCUUGAUCUAAGUAGGAAUGAUCUCAGUGCCUUGCCGGAUAAUUCUCUGAGUGGUCUGCGCAGUUUGGCCAUUCUUAGAUUGCAAAACAAUGUGAUUGCUGCUGUUGGGGACAAUGCAUUGGGUGGAUUAGUAAAUUUAAAAUCUCUUAACAUGUCAAGCAACAGACUGGUUGCUUUGCCUCCGGAAUUGUUCUCCAGGACGAAGGAAUUGAGGGAAUUAGUCUUGAGUAAUAACUCUCUGUCAGUUCUCGCACCGGGUUUACUUGAGGGUUUGGAACAGUUACAAUCUCUGGACUUGAGUAACAAUGAACUUACGAGUCGAUGGGUCAAUCGCGACACUUUCUCUCGGUUAACGCGUCUGGUCAUUCUUGACUUAUCUUUCAACGCCCUGACAAAAAUUGACUUGCACGUUUUCAAGGGAUUGUACAACCUUCAAGUGCUCAAGCUCGAGCAUAAUGUGAUAGACACGCUUGCCAGUGAGUGUUUCGCUUCGCUUGUGAAUUUGCGUUCUUUGACUUUGUCGCAUAAUAAAAUCUUCACGUUUGACGCUUCCCAUUCGGUGGGCCUCGCGAGUCUUGAACAGUUGUUUCUCGACGACAACAGAAUACGAGGAAUAGAACGCGACGCGUUUAAAAAUUUAACCAAGCUCCAAGACCUGUCCUUGAGCGGAAACGCGCUGUCGGAUGUGCCGGAAGCAGUCCGAGAGUUACAGUUCUUGAAGACCCUGGAUCUGGGCAACAAUCGUGUGUCUAGGAUCGAUAACGAAUCGUUUGCCGGAUUAAACGAGCUUUACGGUCUCCGUUUAGUGGACAAUAAAUUAGAGAACAUUUCGCGGUCGGUAUUCUCCUCGUUACCGUCGCUCCAGGUCUUAAAUCUCGCGAGUAAUAUGAUUCGUCAUGUGGAGCCGGACGCGUUUGCCAAAAAUUUAGUAAUGCGCGCUAUAAGAUUGGACGGGAAUCAACUCACCGAAAUUCGGGGAGUGUUCGCCAGCCUGGCAUCCCUUGUGUGGUUAAAUGUUUCGGACAAUAAAUUGUUGUGGUUUGAUUAUACUGACGUGCCGCCCAGUCUAACCUGGUUGGAUAUGCAUGCCAAUCAGAUAAAUAAACUCGGGAAUUAUUACGCCAGACAGGACAAUCUUCAAAUAAAGAUGCUGGACGCGAGUUUCAACUUUAUCACAGAGAUAUCGGACAUUAAUGUGCCCAACAGCGUCGAGACUCUAUUUCUAAAUAAUAAUAAGAUCCGCAAGAUCUCAGCUGGUACGUUCUUGCAAAAAGUAAACCUCGAUAAGGUCGUGCUGUACGGUAACGAGAUCCAGCACUUGGAAGUAGCCGCUCUAGAAUUGCAACCAGUACCAGGAAAUCGAGAAGUGCCGCAAUUUUAUAUCGGCGACAAUCCGAUCCUAUGUGAUUGUUCCAUGGAGUGGCUGCCACGGAUAAACGAGCUCGCCAGAUUACGACAACAUCCACGCAUUAUGGACCUUGAUUCCGUUACUUGCGACAUGGUCCACGCCCGCGCAGCUCCGCGACGGCCGUUGUUAUCGCUCAAGCCAAAAGAUUUUGUUUGCCGAUACGAGGCUCAUUGCUUUGCAUUGUGCCAUUGCUGUGACUUUGACGCGUGCGACUGCGAGAUGACGUGUCCCGAUAAUUGUUCCUGCUAUCACGAUCACAGCUGGUCAAGCAACGUUGUGGAUUGUACGAAUGCCGGAUACAGAUUCGUACCCGACCGCAUUCCCAUGGACGCCACCGAGAUCUACCUGGACGGCAACGAAUUAGGAGAUUUGGGAAAUCACGUCUUCAUCGGUAAGCGACGCCUGGAGGUGCUCUAUUUGAAUAACAGCGGGAUAUCUUCGAUUCACAACCGCACCUUCAAUGGAGCCGAGUCCCUCAAGGUUCUUCAUCUCGAGAGCAAUGUCUUGAGAGAACUCAAGGGCAGUGAAUUUAAUCAACUUGAACGCAUGUCGGAACUCUACUUGGACCACAACGCUAUCGCGAUGGUUAACAAUUCAACUUUCAACAAGAUGAAGAAUCUCGAAGUCCUCAGGCUAGACAACAAUAGGAUCGUGGACUUUCGACCGUGGGAUGCUCUGACCGAUGCUGGAGCCGGAGCUGCGGUUUCUUUGGAAGGUAACACAUGGAGUUGCGACUGCAGUAAUGCCGCUCGAUUGCGCAGCUGGUUGGCCGAACAUCAGGGCGACCCUGAGAAAAUGUACUGCAAAGAUGGUGCGGAAACUCUAGCUCAAGCUUUGAGACGUUGCGGCGAUCCCUCCACCGAGGCGGUCACGCGAGGGAUUCAGGAGGGGCCUCUCGUCGGAGGUAACUUUGUGCCUCUUCUCGCAGGGGCUCUCGUCAUCGUCAUCGCAGUUUGCCUCUUCACCGCCUUGGCCUUUGCCUUUCGUCAGGACGUUAGACUCUGGGCACAUGCAAAGUAUGGCCUCAGACUGGGAAAAAUUGCAUCUCCACCAGAGGAGGAACGGGACCGGCUCUACGAUGGCUAUUUCAUCUACAGCGAACGAGACGAGGAUUUUGUCUCAAGAUAUCUAGCAGCCGAAUUAGAACAAUCAGGUCUCGCCCUUUGUUUACACUGGAGAGAUCUGCCACCAUCGAGACCUCAGGAAACUCUACCCUCUGCAGCAGCCGCCUCCCGCAGAAUCAUUAUCGCCUUCUCCCCUGUCUUUCUGAGCAAGGAGUGGCAGAAUAUCGAAUUCCGAACUGCUCUGCAUUCCGCCCUGGAGAACAUCAGACCCGCUUCCAGAAGGAGGAGAAUCAUCAUCCUCCUGGCAACAGAAGCACCUCUUCGGGAUCCCGAGCUACAGCUGCUUCUUCAAACUUGUACAGUCAUCGUUUGGGGUGAGAAGAGGUUUUGGGAGAAACUCCGGUAUGCCAUGCCCGACUCAGCGGGCAAACGGCGGGACAGCAAAAAUGCUACCUCUGAGAGAAAUCGCAUCCCUGCUCGUUACACUGCCGCACCCUUGGCGCAAGAUGCAUGGUCCAAACCAGUUAACAAUCUUCUGGUACCGAUUCACGCACCCACACCGACACCGACCCAGUCAACGUACAUGAGUUCUGCCUCCAGUAGAACCGAAGACGAGGACAGCGGAGCUGAACAUCAGCACCACAUACCUAGUGAUUACAGUGCUUUGCAUACGAGCAAUAUGCAACGUCCGGCAAGUCUCUCCUCCAGGGGCAGUCAUCUUUACAGUACCAUUCCAGAACUUCCGGUACUCACGUCACCCAAUUUUGGUAACUCGUCGAUCCCAGUCAAUCCUCGUACUUAUUUUGUUUAAAAAUAUGUUUACUCUAAUGGUAUUUGCUUUCUAGUGUUUGAUUAAACCAGAGUUCAUAAAUUCACCGAAAAAAAAAUAAAGGUGAUUCAACUAGUCAAAUAUUUGGUCAUACUAUUCUGCUAUGCAAAAUAAGAAAACAAUUUAUUUUGAGAUAUGGCAUAUGAUUCAUAUUUGACUCAUUGCAUCAAUUUUACAUUUCGUUCGAUGUUAUUUAAAUUGAACUAUAAAAUGUUUCUUUUCUUUAAAUUAUUUUGUAAAAUCUUGUUAUGAUUUUUUUGUUUCAUUUCUGCUAAAAAAUGUGGCAAUUCCCUGUUUUUUUAUUCAAAAAUUAUGUUGGUUCAAUCAAACACACGCACACUUGACUGAAUGAGUGAAUGUUUAAAAGUGACUGAAUGCUUCAAAAGAUUGUACAAUGCGUUAUUUUUCGUAGCCCGAACCGAUAAGGAACUGAGAAAAUAAUUUCCUCGUUCUUUUAUUUUAUUUUUUGUGGAAACUAAAAUUGCUUUUCAACCAGAUCUCUUCCAAGACACUAAAAUCUGACUAAAUUAUAGACUGAUGAUAUUGAACUUUUUUACAUUCUUGAAGAGAUCUUAUCGAAAACAGAUUUUACGUGGUUCCCAUAUUUGUGAAGCUAAAAGCUUCUAAAAAUUUUAUGUGCGUUGUGAGCUAACGGAGAUUGGUAGGCUUAAAAAUGAAACUGAAAUUUGCUGAGCAAACAAUCACGUCCCAGUUAUUACUUACAUAAGCCCACCUCAAAGGUGUAACUUACUUAACACUUAAAAAAAAAAUUUAUUUGACUCUUUGUUUGUUUAGCCCUGAGCACAACGCAUUGUACAAUCGCUCAAGACAGGACUUUCGUAAAAAUUUUGACAAAUGAACAGAAGCCUUUCUUUAGCAUUUAUGUAAAAUAAAUAGGCAAUUUCAAAUUUUUCGGCAACAUUUUUAUGUCAAAUACCAGUUCUUAAAUCAGGUUUAUGGCUAUAAAAUUCAUUCAACGAUUAGACCACAAAUUCAGGUUUUCGGUUUAUUCAAAGAAUUAAUUUCGAUACCAAUAAACUUGAUAUUCGACAUUCAUUGCUCAGGUCGUAUAACUCCGCCUACUUAAUGACAACUAGUUACGGCAACUGAUUGCCAAAUUUAUAGCAUAUUUAUUGUUUUAAUUUUUGAUUCUCGACGAGGUUUUUUUUUUUGUAGAAACGGUUGUAACUGUGAUAAGAGAAUGAGACUAUCCGAGAUUGUGUAAAUAUUGCGUGUGCGAAGAUAGACUUGUAUCCCAAAAUUAUGUAGUCAAUAUUGUGCCAUUUUUACGAAUCAAUGAUUCCUUUUCGGCGGAGAGAGUUUUCGCGCAAAGUUCUUCGGAGAAAAUACUUUUCAAAUUCAGUUAGAAAAUUUUGGCGUUGAAAAAUGCAAUAGUUUGUCGGUGUUAGUGUCUUCUGCUGUGAGUAAAAAAAAUUGAUAAAGUUCUCAGUGGGAGCGUAUUUAAUUUAUUUCGUUGUGAAAAAAGGUUAUUUAUUUGUAUGUGAUAGUUUUUUCAUCUUUUUAUGUAAAAACAGUCUUUUGUACAUUGAAAAGGCAUUUAUUGUAUUCUAUUAUUUUUACGAUUGACUAAUUUUAUUUGUUUGACACUGAUACUGAGAACGACAGCAAGGAAGCUCAAUUUAUCUGUUUAUCAAAUUAAAAAUUAUAUAUUUAAAAGCAUAAACUCAAUGAAAGUUAAAUUGUUUCUAAUGAUCCGAUUACACUGAUUUUUGGAAACAUACUUCUCCAGUUUGAAGUCUUUGUACAAUAAGGUUGCACAAGUUGAUUUUUUUCAGUUUAAGUUUUUUUUUAAAUGAUUUUUAAAAACAUACUUUUUUAAAAAGGAUUUUAGUGCAGAUCUAUUGCCCAAGUUACUUUCUUUGAGUUUAUGUUUAUAAUGAUUUUCUUUUAAGUUGGAUUAAAGAUCCUUCUUGUGUAACUUUCUUUGCUUGCUGUAGUAAAUUCUUUUUCAGUGUGCAUCAGUUUUCUUGUAAUGUAAAAUCUGGGUUAACCUUUUCGGAUGAAUGAUCAAGUUUCGUAGUUUCAAAGUUUUGAUAACAGAGAGAGGCAUUAACGUCGACAGUUAUAGAAACUGUAAUAGGGCAAGUGUGAUUUCCGUGGUUGAUAAUGUGUUAUUCGGCUGGUUCGAAAAGCAGCAUUACUCCUAACGGGAUUUAAUGAACAUGGUUUAUGGAUUCUAGUGCAUUUCGAAAUGUGGACUGUUCAGAAAAAAAAAAAAAAAAACUAGAGAUUACUUUGUGGAAAGUGAGAUUAGUAAAUCACUCUUAUAUUUUUUCAAUGCGAUCCGUCGGUGGCAGUAUUUGAGCGAGAGAUAUCCAGAAGCAAAUUAACUCUAUGCCAAUUUCCUUGUGCAAAUCUAGAAAAGUGUAAUUUCUGUAAAUAAGAAGCUAUUGUAUAAUUUUAUUAGAAUUGUGCAUAUGGUUAAUUUAUCUCUGGGAUGUUUUCAGUUUGCUGAAAUAUUGUUUCUAGAUGUUGGAAUUAUUUUUGCGUGAAACUUUGAUUUGUAAAUAAAUUGUGUACUCUAGGUCUAGCGUUAUGUUAAAUCGAGAUUGAGACCAACACGUUUAUAUUCAAAGAAUUAUAGCGUGAGAUCUCGUUCCUAAGACUUCCGGUUGUCAUAUUGACAGUCGCUCGACGCUUAUUAGUUUGUAAGGGAUUCGUUGUAAAUAUUGUAAAUCUACUUUUGUAAAUAAAAUAUGCGACGUUAGGUAGAUAGAAUUCCAGCGUAAGAUUGAUGGAAUGAAAUGAUCUAAAAUUUGCGCUGUUUAAUAUAAAAAUCGACUUAUACUGUUGUAAAUAUAUGCUCUGACUGUCUAUUAUAUUGGCUCUUUAGUCAUCUCCGUUGUAAAAAGAAUUAUUCGCUAUUUGAAGAAAAGCAUAGGAGAAUAAAAAGGUUCUUUUCAUAAUAAA